CAUGACCUGAGCCGAAGGCAGUCGCUCAACCAACUGAGCCACCCAGGCGCCCCUAAAUAAAUAAAAUCUUAAAAAAAAAAAUAAAACUUCUCUUCAGUAGGCAUCAAUCCCUAACAAAAAGUAGUUAGAAACUAAUUUUGCUUUUGAGCAAAAUUUUCAACAGUUCUUCAGAUGACAUAGGUGGCAACAGUUAGCCAACUCAUAAAGUUUGUCAUUUUUAUCUUAUACUCUAUUGCUUCAAAGAAAAAAAUAUAUGAACAACUAUUCCUAAGGGAUUGAGGACUUCCUUCGUCUUUCCCAUAUGCCCACCAUUGCACUAGGCAUGGAUAGUUACAAAAGAAAGAAAAUAUUACACCAGAAUUGACACAGGCUCUAAACAAGGGUUUGUUUUCCCUGACUGCUUUAUCUCCACCGGCACCAUCAUCUGAGGGUUUAUAGGAUGCCUUAUCCAUUAGACAUACCUUAAAUCAAGGAACCCACUUUAUGGUCAAGGAGGUCUGACAAUGAACUUGUAACUGCAGAAUUCACGGUGCUUACUCAUCACCCAGAAGCAGCUAUCCGAUAGAACUGUGGAAUGGCAGGGGCACCUGGGUGGCUUAAUUGGUUAGGUCUACCUUUGGCUCAUGUCAUGAUCCCAGGGUUCUGGGAUCGAGCCCCGUGUCGGGCUCCCUGCUCAGUGGGGAGCCUGCUUCUCUCUCUCCCUCUGCAGGUCCCCCUGCUGUGCUCUCCUGCUCUCUCUCUGUCAAAUAAAUAAAUAAAAUCUUAAAACAACAACAACAACAACAACUGUGGAAUGGCAUAUUGAAGACUCAGCUCAAUUACAACCUGCAAAGUUGGGGAGCUGUCCUCUAGUAUACAGUAUUUGCACUGAUACUCAUUGAACCGAUAACAUAUAUAUGAUAUUUUGUCUCCAGUAGAAAGACUAAGUGGGUACAGGAACCAAGGGGUUGAAACAGGAGCAGCCCCUAUUACUAUCAUACGCAGUAACUCACUUGUGGAAUUUGUGCUUCUUAUCUCCAAGCCCAGAGUCUUCUGGGUUGUGGUUCUGAUUUGCAGGAAGAACAUUUCUUCUAGGAGCUACAUUAAAUGUUCCAGUGAACUGGAAAGUGAGAAUAUCACCAGGCCACUUCAGGUUCCUUGUGCCGGUAGAUCAACAGGCAAAGAAUGGAGUUAUAAAGGCCCCCCACAGUCUCUGCCACACACGCUACAUAAAUACAAAAACAUACCGGCCAUCUGCAUUCAAUAACCUACCUUCCUGAACCUUUUAGGCACUUUAGUUUAGGAAUGAAGGGGGGCGGGUGGUAGGGAUGAAAAGGAGAGGGCAGGGUUUAGACAAGAAAAACAACGCAUAACAAUGUAAUGGCUCUUGGAGAUGACUUGGAACACUGGAAGGAAAUUUGAGGAAGUAUGUAGAGGAAGAAGUUCUGGGACUACAAGGUCUUCAAGGAGGACCAUAGUUUAGUGAGUCAGCCAGUGAUUAAGAAGGAAAGAUCUACUCAAGUGGUUUAUUGAGUCAAUGGGGAAGUAGAAAGAAAACAGCGACAACCACAGCAAGGUCAAACCUCACAGGGGAUGGGAUAUUAUUUAGGGCUUGGAGGGUUACUCAGACUAUCACCUGGUCAUUGGUUGCCUCUGUAGCAUGUGGCUCUAACUCUGGUGGGCUUUCCAUUGUGCUCAGACUUGUCUUGGAAUUUCGAGUGUGUGUGUGUCAGUCUUUCAAGGUCUUGGUUAUGGUUUUAUAAAAGGUGAGGUUUCUUGAUCUUCUCCUCAAGUAAUGGUAAAAGCCGUAACUACUGUGCUAACAUUUUGACAGCAAAAUUGGACUUACUGUAGUAAUUACAUUAUUAUGAGGCCGAAAACUCCCUGGUAACUUUCGCCAAGCUCAGAAUCUCACCACUAUCUAGUACUAAAGAAGUUUAUUGCCCAUAGAAGAAAUUUUUGAAAAUACUGCCCAUUCAAAUGGCAGUACGUAAUCAGGGUCCCUAGAGCAGCCGCCACUUGGGUUUUGUGAAACCAUUCAUUCUUGCCUUUGAUAUUCCUCAGUCUGCAUUUUUGUUACGGUUCCUCUUACACAGACACAGCAUCACUAGUGUUGUUUGAUAAGAACUAGAAUUCUUAUGAUUACUGCCAUGAAUAAACGUGUAAGUAUUUGAGCGGGAUGGUAUCAAAGGAAACUUAAGCCUCCUUUUCCGAGGCGGGAAAAGCUGAGCUGAGGUGAGAGAUCCCCAAAGCCAGACUGGCGACUGGAGAACAAGGCUGCAGUCCUCCCGCGUUCCUAGAGAGAACCUCGAAGGGCAGCCCGGCCCCGAAAGGCUGGUGUUGACGCACUUCCGGCUUCUGUGAGCCGGACAGACGUGCGCGCGCACUGAGGGUAGUGGCGAGCGAAGGACUGCGUGCUGCUUUUCGGCCGUCCCAGUCACCUCCCUUUUCUGUCCCAGCACCCCCAGACUUCUCCAGGGUUCACGGAUAGCAAAAACUGGUCUCCUAAAACAUCUAGGACAAAAAGGACAGUCCUGCAGACAGACCCUGUUUGGAUCAAGUGAGCCAGUUCUUUGAACCUGAACACUGCUGAGUCAAGGCAUACUGCAGAUUGGUCUCCCCAGGCCACCCAGGAGAUGGAAGGCGUAGUGAUCGUGAAAGUGGAGGAGGAAGAUGAAGAUGAGGAAGACCAUUUCCAAAGGGAAAGAAACAGCACAGAAUUAUGCCCACCAUUUCUUAGUCGGUCUACAACCAUGAAUGAGAGGGCCUUGUUAUCAUCAUACUUGGUUGCGUAUCGAGUAGCAAAAGAAAAAAUGGCUCACACAGCUGCUGAAAAAAUUAUUCUUCCAGCGUGUAUGGAUAUGGUACGGACAGUUUUUGAUGAUAAAUCAGCUGAUAAAUUAAAAACCAUACCCCUUAGUGACAAUACGAUAUCUCGUCGAAUCUGUACGAUCGCAAAACAUUUAGAGGCGAUGCUUAUUGCGCGGCUACAGUCUGGGAUAGAUUUUGCAAUCCAACUUGACGAGAGCACCGAUAUUGCAAGUUGUCCAACUCUCCUGGUUUACAUCAGGUAUGUGUGGCAAGAUGAUUUUAUAGAGGAUCUGUUGUGUUGUUUAAGUUUAAAUUCACACAUAACUGGAUUAGCUUUAUUUACUGAAUUAGAAAAGUGCAUUGUUGGUCAAUAUAAAUUAAACUGGAAAAAUUGUAAAGGAAUUUCAAGUGAUGGAGCAGCAAAUAUGACUGGAAAACAUAGCAGGGUUAUUGAAAAACUGUUAGAAGUAACAUGUAAUAGGGCUCUUUGGAAUCACUGUUUUAUUCAUCGAGAAGCUUUGGUGUCCAAGGAAAUUCCACCAAGUCUAAUGGAUGUAUUGAAAAAUGCAGUGAAAAUUGUUAAUUUUAUUAAAGGAAGCUCACUGAACAGUCGACUUCUUGAAAUAUUUUGUUCAGAGAUUGGAGUUAACCAUACCCACUUACUGUUUCAUACAGAAGUUCGUUGGUUGUCUCAAGGAAAGGUACUGAGCAGAGUAUAUGAACUCAGGAAUGAGAUUUACAUUGUUCUCAUUGAAAAGCAAUCUCAUUUGGCAAAUGUUUUUGAAGAUGACAUUUGGGUAACAAAACUGGCAUAUUUAAGUGAUGUUUUUGGCAUUCUUAAUGAGUUAAAUUUGAAAGUACAGGGGAAAAACGAUGUAUUUCAGUAUCUUGAACAUAUUCUAGGAUUCCAAAGGACAUUAUUGUUGUGGCAAGCAAGACUUAAAAGUAAUCGCCCUAGCUACUAUAUGUUCCCAACUUUGUUGCAACACAUUGAAGAGAACAUUAUAAAUGAAGACUGCUUAAAAGAAAUAAAAUUAGAGAUACUGAUGCAUCUCACUUCUUUGUCUCAAACCUUUCAUCAUUACUUUCCAGAAGAGAAAUUUGAAUCAUUAAAGGAAAAUAUUUGGAUAAAAGAUCCAUUUGUUUUUCAAACCCCAGAAUCAAUCCUUGAGUUAAACUUGGAGCCUGAAGAAGAGAAUGAAUUACUGCAGCUCAGUUCAUCAUUCACACUAAAGAAUUAUUACAAGACGUUAAGUCUAUCAGCAUUUUGGAUUAAGAUUAAAGAUGAAUUUCCAUUGCUAAGUAGAAAGAGUAUAUUGUUGUUACUACCAUUCACAACUACCUAUUUGUGUGAACUAGGAUUUUCAAUCUUAACACGAUUAAAAACAAAGAAAAGAAAUAGGCUCAACAGUGCACCUGACAUGCGUGUAGCCUUAUCCUCCUGUGUUCCUGACUGGAAUGAACUUAUGAACAGGCAAGCACACCCCUCACAUUAAAUCCAAUCUCCAUGAAAUUUUGGUUUUGUACUUUUUAAGGGCUUUUUUUUUUUAGUAGAUUGUAUUUAAAUAUUAAUAAAAUUAUAUUUUGAAUUUA